AGGCGCGGAGGAGGAGGAGGCAACAACGAGAGCAGCAGCUUCUCCUCCUUCCUUUUCUCUCCCUCUUGGAGCCAUUGACACAUCCCUCUUGUUCCUCCCUUUCUCCGGAGCGAUGAAAGGGGACGAACCCGAGCCUGGCUGGGGACAAACUCCGGCGGGGUCCUUCCUCCCUUCCCGCCCUUCUUGAAAAAAGUCAGAGAAGACCCUUUUCUCUCUCUCUAUCCAUUGUGGUUGGGAUCCCUGCGCUGCUUGAAAAGAAGAAGGAUAUAUACACACAGAGAGAGAUAUUUUGGAUGUUUCUUGGAGGCAUUUAUUUCCCCUGCUUUUUUAUGGAAGACUCGUUCCCCCUUCGGACACAACUUAGUGGAAGUAAUCCCUCCAAGAAGAGAAAAGCAACGCAAAGAAAAUAAGAUCUCCAUUGUGGCGCUUUGGCUGGGAUCCGUGUGUACACACACACACAGGCAUUGGGUGCUUGUUUAUUUCCCCCCUGAAGAGACGUCUCUAAUCUCUACGUAUUUUUUUCAACUUGGGUAUCUAUCUAAUAUCUAUAUUUUUCAACUUGAAUGGUUUUUUUUUUUGUCUUCUGAGGCUUUGAAUCUCUUCUUGUUGGAAAGGAAACCCUUUCAGAGCCACUUUCUAUACAAUUUCCAACUUGGAUCCUUGUUUUUGCCUCGGGAAGAAGCUUGGUUUUCAGGGUUGUUGGGUUCUUCGACAGAUAAUAAUUUCCCAACUUGGAUGUUUUGAGGGGCUUUCUGUUGCCGGAGCGAUACCUUUGGGAGCCUUGUUCCCGCUAUUUUUCCUGUUUUGGGGGGCUUUCUGUCGUUGGAGGGAUACUUUUGGGAGCCUUAUCCCCCCUAUUUUUCCUCCCUCAAAUGUGGACCCCGUCGGAGUGGCAACUCGCCCUUUGUAGCCAUCGGGGAAGGAAGUAAUGGCGACCCGUUGGGCAGAAGGGGGAGAUGGAAGAGAAGCCCUCGCCAGGAGCUUUAGCCAGGUGUCCAAAAAUAAAGAUGGAAAAGAACAAAGUGAAGCUGUAUCCCUGUCAGAGGAUGAAGAAGCGUUCUCUUGGCCAGGACCCAAAACGGUAGUUUUGCAAAGAACAUCACAGGGCUUUGGUUUCACCUUACGGCAUUUCAUUGUAUAUCCCCCGGAGUCAGCUGUUCAGUUUUCUUUUAAGGAUGAAGAGAAUGGAAAUAAGGGUGGAAAGCCACGAAAUAAAUUGGAGCCAAUGGAUACCAUAUUUGUUAAACAGGUUAAAGAAGGAGGACCUGCUUUUGAAGCUGGUUUAUGCACAGGUGACAGAAUAAUAAAAGUGAAUGGGGAAAGUGUUAUAGGGAAGACAUAUUCUCAAGUAAUUGCUUUAAUUCAGAACAGUGAUAGCAUAUUGGAGCUUAGUGUCAUGCCAAAAGAUGAAGACAUUCUUCAGCUGCUGCAGUUUUCAAAGGAUGUUACAGCCCUGGCAUAUUCCCAGGAUGCCUACCUGAAAGGCAAUGAAGCCUACAGUGGUAAUGCUGGCAACAUACCUGAACCACCACCAAUAUGUUAUCCUCGGUUAACAUCUCCAGCUACUGGAAUGGCACAACCUAUUGAGAAAGCAUCUCCUGAUUCUGCACAGAGAAAACAGACAACUAGUAAGCCUGUACGGACAUCAGCACAACCAGAAAAGGCCUACAGAAUGGAAAUACAAGUGCCUCCAUCUCCAACAGAUGUUGCAAAAUCUAACACGGCUGUCUGUGUUUGCAAUGAGACUGUAAAAACUGUUGUUGUGCCUUCUGAGAAGGCUGUAGACUUCUCUUUGUGUAGAACAAAUCACACUACUCCAUCACACCGGAUAGAGGAAUUGAGUUAUGGUUUCAAGGAACAAGCCACACCAAAAACAAAAGCACGAACCACUUCACCAUCCUCUUCUAUGUCCACUGCCAUUGUACUUCCUCAGACGCCGCUUACAAGGCCAGUAGAUCCUAGUGGAAUAACUAACACAUCUGGAACCUUUGGAAGGCAUCCAGAAGAGGUCACAACUACUAGAUCCCCUACUCGAAGUGUAGGUUCUCCCUCUAUUACUACUAAUCACUACACUUCUCCAAAUGCUCAUCAACACAUAGACUGGAAAAAUUACAAAACCUAUAAGGAAUACAUCGAUAAUAGGCGUUUGCAAAUGUAUGGUUGCAGGACCAUACAAGAAAGGUUAGAUAGCUUAAGAGCAGCAUCUCAGAAUACAACUGAUUAUAAUCAAAUGGUACCAAAUCGCACUGGUUCACAGGUACGACGCAGAAGCACCUCUCAUGAUAGGGUUCUACCGGCCAUUCAGGUCCGGCAGAAAAGCGCAUCCCAGGAACGACUUGAGGAUCCCAAUGUAGUGCUGAAUGAGUGGCCAAGGAGUGCCUCACAAGAUGCUCUGACUUCACCACCUCUCAGUCCUCGAAAUUAUAGGACACGAUCUUGGGACUAUUUAGGCAAACAGGGUGAUACAAUAGAAAAUCUUCAUGCUGAUAACUUUGUUGGCGAUCCAAACAGAGACAAAAAGAAGACUUACCAAUGGACAGGGUUUACUGAACAAGAUGAUAGGCGAGGUUUUCAUGAGAGAACCCGACUACAAGCUUUUCACUUGUCCUUUCGAGGUUCAAAAUUUUUUGGGGCUCCAGGUGCUUAUAACCCUGAUGGUAGACUCAUAAGUAACAGGGCCUUAGGGUCUGCCCCUCAUUUCCAGAAGAUUUCACCAGAUGGAAAAACACUACAACCUGUCAGAAAUUUGCCAGCUGCUGGUGGAACUUCAAAGCCUGCAACCAUUUUUCAGGAAAGAUUAUCUCACUCAACAGCUAGAAGCACAAGAAGCAACUCCCUGAAGACUUCUAUUCCCUAUGCAGCAAAACCGUCGCUUCCCCUCAAUCAGAGCCUGGAUAGUGUUACUACCAGAAACCAAAGAGCAGUAAAUGAUGUGCACCACAGUAGUUUGUUCAAUCAACAAUCCAGGAUACAUGCAGAAAGUGUACCAGACCGCAAAGUAGACCUAGGCAAAAGUACUCUUUCUCCUACUUCCUGCAUAGCUUCUGCCAAAUUUGUCCCACAGAUGAGUGAGCACUUAACUACCUCUGUUAGUUUAGAUGUCUCUGUCAGACAAAAAGUUCGAGAUUUUGAAAAAGAAGAUGAAAUUCGACCAUCACAUGUAGAUCAAGAGACAGAAACAGUUGUUUUGCGAGAAAAGUCUCCGUCUGGCCAUCAGACACCACAACUUUUGCGACAUCAGUCCUACAUCUUAGCUGUAAAUGAUCCAGAGCCUGCCUCAGAAACAACUUGCUGGCUACCCAAUGAUGCACGUCGAGAAGUCCAUAUAAAAAGAAUAGAAGAAAGAAAAGCUUCUAGUUCCAGCCCACCUGGUGAUUCCUUGGCAUCUAUUCCAUUCAUAGAUGAGCCAGCUAGUCCGAGUACUGACCAUGACAUCGCCCACAUUCCUGCUUCUGCUGUUAUAUCAGCGUCUUCUUCACGAGCGCCCACCAUUACAACAGUUCCUCCUAGCCCUACUUCUCUUGUACCUUUAAUUCGACGUCAACUAUCACACGAUCAUGAGUCUAUAAGGGCUAGUAUUGUGGAUGGUCAAUUUCCUACAAAAAGUGAACGGUCUAAGUCUUAUGAUGAAGGAUUGGAUGACUAUAGAGAAGGAAAAGUGGCCAUAAAACAUGUAUCCAGCUUAAAGGGAAUCAAGGCCCCAGACAGCCAAACAUCCUCGGAAAACUCAGGGUCCAGAAAAGCUUCUUCUUCAGAGAUCUUCGGUGAUGCUUCCAAAGUAGGAUGGCUCUAUUUUCGACAGCUAGUCACAGACAAGGGAAAGAGAGUCGGUGGGAGCAUCCGGCCGUGGAAACAAAUGCAUGUUGUUUUGAAAGGUUGCUCAUUGUACUUAUACAAAGAUAAAAAAGAACAAGUGGUACCAUCUGAGGAGGAGCAACCCAUCAGCAUCAAUGCUUGCUUAAUAGACAUUUCAUAUAGUGACACAAAGAGGAAACAUGUAUUUCGGCUCACCACGUCAGAUUGUGAAUACCUGUUCCAAGCUGAAGAUAGAGAUGACAUGCUGGCCUGGAUUAGGGCUAUACAAGAGAACAGCAACUUAAACACUGAGAACACAGGUGUCACAAGCAGGGACCUCAUUAGCCGGAGGAUUAAAGAAUAUAGUACCAUGAUGAGUGCUUCAAGUGGGAAAACAGAGCCAUCACCCAAACCAUCACGCCAGGGCCUCAGUAUAAGGCAGACAUUACUUGGCAAUAAAACGGAAUCACGAACCCAGAGUCCACAUUCUCCCAAAGAAGAAUCUGAGAGGAAAUUCCUUGGUAAAGAAAAAGAUGAAACAAGUCCACCAAAAGACAAAGGUACCUGGCGAAAAACUAUUCCCAAUAUCAUGAGAAAAACCUUUGAAAAGAAGCCAUCUGCUGUUGGGACCUUUGGAGUUAGACUAGAUGAUUGCCCUCCAGCUCAGAGUAAUAAGUAUAUUCCACUGAUAGUUGAUGUAUGCUGCAAAAUAGUUGAAGAAAGAGGUCUCGAGUAUACAGGUAUUUAUAGAGUGCCUGGGAAUAAUGCUGCUAUCUCAAGCAUGCAAGAAGAACUCAACAAAGGAAUGACUGAUAUCGACGUUCAAGAUGAUAAAUGGCGAGACUUAAACGUCAUAAGUAGUUUACUGAAAUCCUUUUUCAGAAAGCUUCCAGAACCUCUUUUUACUAAUGACAAAUAUGGAGAUUUCAUAGAUGCCAAUAGAAGAGAAGAUCCUGUGGAGCGACUAAAAACACUAAAAAGGCUGAUCCGUGAUUUACCAGAACAUCAUUAUGAAACACUCAAAUUUCUCUCUGCACACCUGAAAACUGUAGCAGAAAAUUCAGAAAAGAACAAGAUGGAACCAAGAAAUCUGGCAAUAGUAUUUGGCCCAACUCUUGUGAGAACAUCUGAAGAUAACAUGACGCACAUGGUUACACAUAUGCCAGAUCAAUACAAAAUUGUAGAAACACUUAUCCAAAAACAUGACUGGUUUUUCGCAGAAGAUGAUGCUGAAGAGCCCCUUACAGCAGUUCAGGAGGAAAACACAGUACAGUCUCAGCCAGUGCCAAACAUAGAUCAUUUACUCACCAACAUUGGAAGAACGGGAGUAUCUCCUGGAGACGUAUCAGAUUCAACUACUAGUGACUCUGCAAAAUCUAAAGGUUCUUGGGGAUCUGGAAAGGAUCAAUACAGCAAGGAACUGCUCAAGUCCUCCAUCUUUGCGGCAGCAAGUCGCAAGCGGAAGAAACCGAAAGAGAAACCUCAGCCCAGUAGCUCUGAAGAUGAGUUUGAUAGUGUGUUUUACAAGAAGGAGUCGGUAGAGCACUGUCAUGACAGUUCAGCAAAAGAGGAGGCACAGAAAGAGGACCCAGAGAAGGAGACGGCAAGGAGAAAACUGAGGACGACAGUUCCGAAAGAAAAAGAGAACAACAAUAAAAAAAUGCCCACAGGAACCAAGGAUGAAAUAUUGCCAGUGAAAGAGGGUCUGACCUCAGAGGAUCCUUCAACACCUUAUCUCCAGAAAUAUGUGAGAUCCCCCAAUCUCAGCUUUCGGCUCAGUACGCCAAAAGCUUGCAUUAAGUCACCUGUCUUACAUAUCUCUUCGCAAAUAGAAGAAACUAUCUCUGAUUCUGGCACUAUUCUUAGCAGUUCUUCACAGGCUUCUCUGCAGAAAUUUCCCAGUAAAAAAUUGGCCAGUGAGUUUUUAGAAGCUGAUGUCAACUCCAUCACUUCAGAUUACUCAACAAUAUCUUCUGCAACAUACCUAACAGGCUUAGAUUCUACCAUGCUAACACCAGAGUCAGUGACAGGGAGUAAAGGAGAGGAGGCUGAUGAUGAGCGGAGUGAAUUGAUCAGCGAAGGUCGCCCUGUGGAAACAGAUAGCGAGAGCGAUUUCUCUGUUUUUGCUGCAAGUUCUGCUGUGGAGAGGCUCUUCAGGGGAAAGAGGCAAGACGUGUCCAAGGGCAGCCGAAGGAACUCUGAAGAGAGUGAAGUAAGUUGUACGGAAGGUAGUUUGACGCCAAAGUUGGACAGCCGCAGAUUGUUCAGUUCACACAAGCUUAUUGAAUGUGAUACUUUAUCCCGGAGAAAGUCAGCCAGGCAGAAGACGGAUAGCGAGGGAUCAGGAGAUGCCAAGUGUGAGAAAGAGUCCCUGGCAGUGACAAAGAUGUUUGACAUAAUGAAGAAAGGAAAAUCAACUGGCAGCUUAGCUGCAGUCUCCAAAAGUGAGCCUGAAAAGCAGGAACCUACAUGGAGGCUCAAAAUUACAGACAGGUUAAAACAGCGUCUCAAGUCAUCUGCAGAUGAUAUGUUUGGAGUAGGUAAUCAGAAAUCGAACUCUACUGAGAUUUCCAAAAGAAAGAACAUCAGGCGAAGGCAUACGUUAGGAGGCCAGAGGGAUUUUGCUGAAAUAAGUGUUCUGAAUGCCUGGAAAGCUCAAGAGAAAAACCCAAGUAGGGAGAAAGACAUUUCAGCAGUGGACCGAUUGAAGCCCAAAUGUCCAGUACAGGACCUUUCAAUUUCAGGCUGGCUUGCACAAGAGCGUCUACAGACAAGCACAACUGAGCUUAAGACGGGUGAAAGUGGAGAGCCCAAAAAGGGGAAAACUAGCAGAUUAGCAGAUUUGUCAGAGCCGUCUUCAUCUGCAGAAACAUGGGCAGAAGAAGGAGGUUCUUCUUCUAGUAGUAGUUUGACUCUGGUUUCUAGAGCCCCAGUGUCGGGGCAGCUCCAGCCGCUAGACCAUGUCAAUGGAGAAAGCUACCAGAGUAUGAAUAGAAAUAACUUUAGUCCAACCAUUGAUGCCCAUCCUCAUAAAUUAUCUGGGAACCAGGUGGUUAGAUCUCGAUUCUACCAGUUUCUUUGAAACGGAGGUAUAAAUGUCCAUUAUAACAAUUCAAAAGCAGCUUCUCAUUUAACCUGUCCCCAGUUCAAUAUUUGAUUUCCUGUACCGUGUUACUUUGCAGCUAUUGGAAAAGGUUUUUUUUUUUUAUCAUCUGUGUGCACUGAAAAGAUGGUCUUUAAAGUGCAUUAAUACAGCCAGAAUAGUGGGGUGGGAAGGGCAGAGUUUAAAAUAUAUAGAGAUAUAUAAAAAUUAAAAAUAUAAAUAUAUAUAAAUAAAUUUAUUUUAAAUAAAAGUAUAUUUGAUUGCUGCAUACACAUGUGGAACAAAGCAUCUAAUGCAACAUGCUGUGUAAUACAUACAUGGUUUUUUAUGACCGAUGUUUGGUAUUAGUAUGCAGGAAAAAAAGUUUGUUUGGGUUUAGUCACUAACAAGUGCCUCAUCAAAAAAAGGUCAUUUGGUUUGUUAGGGUGCCAUAAUUAUUAAAUUAGAUGUUAAUAUAAAAUGCAUUUUACUGGUAAGAAGUUUCAUUACAUUUUACAAAUUUUAACAUGAGUGGGUACAGAGCUUCCAUUCCUUAUGCAUUCCAGUUGGAUUUUUGAGUUUUAUAUUCCAGUUUUAAUACAGUUUUUUGAGUUUUAUGUGACUUGAAUUUUUAAUCUUUCUGUAAAAUAAGUAACUUAAAUGUACAUACUCUAUGUGUAUCUUUUCCUCAGAUACCAGAUUUGAUAUGAAUGUUGUAACAUAGAUAUGUAGAUAGUGGAUCCUGGAUGAAACUGGUUUCUUUUAUUGAGAAUAUAAUUCUGCAUGAAAAUUUAAUGAAUCCAAAUCUGUAAUGCCUGUGUGCAUACCCGCUUAAAACACUGGAAAUAAAAUCGUUUUGAUGGUU